AUGCUCUUGGAAAGCACCAACCUGGUCCCUCGAGUCAUGCUCUUAGAAAGCACCAACCUGGUCCCCAUAGUCAUGCUCUUAGAAAGCACCAACCUGGUCCCUAUAGUCAUGCUCUUAGAAAGCACCAACCUGGUCCCUAUAGUCAUGCUCUUGGAAAGCACCAACCUGGUCCCUCGAGUCAUGCUCUUAGAAAGCACCAACCUGGUCCCUAUAGUCAUGCUCUUAGAAAGCACCAACCUGGUCCCUAUAGUCAUGCUCUUAGAAAGCACCAACCUGGUCCCUCGAGUCAUGCUCUUAGAAAGCACCAACCUGGUCCCUAUAGUCAUGCUCUUAGAAAGCACCAACCUGGUCCCUAUAGUCAUGCUCUUAGAAAGCACCAACCUGGUCCCUAUAGUCAUGCUCUUAGAAAGCACCAACCUGGUCCCUAUAGUCAUGCUCUUGGAAAGCACCAACCUGGUCCCUAUAGUCAUGCUCUUAGAAAGCAUCAACCUGGUCCCUAUAGUCAUGCUCUUAGAAAGCACCAACCUGGUCCCCAUAGUCAUGCUCUUAGAAAGCAUCAACCUGGUCCCUAUAGUCAUGCUCUUAGAAAGCACCAACCUGGUCCCCCAUAGUCAUACUCUUAGAAAGCAUCAACCUGGUCCCUAUAGUCAUGCUCUUAGAAAGCACCAACCUGGUCCCCAUAGUCAUGCUCUUAGAAAGCAUCAACCUGGUCCCUAUAGUCAUGCUCUUAGAAAGCACCAACCUGGUCCCCCAUAG